AUGUCUGACAACGAAGCUACUGCUUCCUCCUCGCAAUUUGCGGUCGACCCCAUCCAUACGGUUCGCAAAGUCUCUGAAGAGGAAUCGUUCUCGAAAGACCAGACCAUGGCCAGCAUGUUCGACAAUGCUCAAGCUGCUACUGCAAAAGAACAGUCGAUGAGUCUCCUAGAAGGCAUCCGUCUCUACCCCAAAGCUAUUGCCUGGUCCAUCCUGAUAUCAUCAUGUUGUGCCAUGGAGGGCUACGACAUAUCACUGCUGGGCAACUUUUACGCGUUUGAGCCGUUUAACCGAAAGUUUGGCGUCGAACUUGCGGACGGCACAUUUCAAGUACCUGCACGUUGGCAAACGGGUCUCUCUAAUGGUGCUCAAUGUGGCCAGAUCAUUGGUCUUCUAGUGAACGGUCUUUUCACCGAGAGAUAUGGCUAUCGAAAGGUCUUGAUGUGCAGUUUGGUCUGGCUGGCCGCCGUCAUCACCAUGUUCUUUUGUGCUCCCAACAUCCAGGUUCUGCUCGGCGCUGAAAUCCUCGCUGGUAUUCCUUGGGGUGUUUUCCAGUCCAUCGCCAUCUCGUACGCCAGCGACGUUUGUCCUGUCGCGCUGCGAGGCUACUUGACAUGCUACGCCAACUUCUGCUGGGGCUGGGGUCAACUCAUCGGGAUUGGUGUCAUCCGGGCCAUGUUCAAGCGCGACGACCAAUGGGCAUACCGCAUCCCUUACGCUGUCCAGUGGGUCUGGCCUCCGCUCAUCCUGAUUGGUGUUAUGUUCGCUCCCGAGUCGCCUUGGUGGCUCAUCCGCCACGGUAGAAUCGAAGAAGCCAAGAAGAGUCUCUUGCGUCUUGCUUCUCCCAAAAAGGACCCGUCCUUCGAUGUGGAUGAGCAGGCGGAUCUGAUUAGACAUACUACCGAACUGGAGAAGGACAUUACCUCUGGAGCGUCUUAUCUCGACUGCUUCAAGGGGGUGGAUCUGAGGAGGACAGAGAUUGUCUGCGCUAUCUGGGCCAUGCAAAACCUCGCGGGCAACUCCUUCAGCAACUAUAGUACCUACUUUUUCGAACAAGCAGGUCUCACUGGAACCAUCCCUUACGACUUUGCCAUGGGCCAGUACGCCAUCAACAUGGUCGGCGUCUUUGGUGCUUGGGGUCUUAUGGCGCUCGGUAUCGGCCGCAGGAGCCUCAUCCUCUAUGGCUUGGCUGGAUUGUUUGUCACGCUGUUCGUCAUGGGCUUCUUGGGCCUUGUGCCCGAGGCGCAAAAGGCGCAGGCUGCGAUGGCUACCGGGAGCUUGAUGCUCGUCUGGGCUGUAUUCUACCAAUGCACUGUCGGCACGGUCGUCUACUCUCUUGUUGGCGAAAUCUCAUCCCGACGCCUCUCCAUCAAGACCGUCGCCCUAGGUCGCGCGGCCUACAACGUCGUCGCCAUCAUCUGCAAUGUCCUCUCCCCAUAUAUGAUCAAUCCUACCGCUUGGAACUGGGGCAACUAUGCCGGGUUCUUCUGGGGCGCCACAUGUCUUUUGUGUUUCGUCUAUGCGUACUUUAGGGUACCAGAGCCUUCUGGGCGAACUUAUGCCGAGCUCGACGUCCUCUUUGAACGCAAGAUCUCUGCGAGAAAGUUUGCUUCCACACCAGUCAAUGCCUUCGAGAUCACUCUCCAUCACUCCAUCAGUGCUAAAGAGCUUUCAGACCACCUGGAAGAGAAGGAGAAGGCAUGA